ACAUAGAAAUGAUCGGGGCUCGUCUAAUAGCCUUCAGCCAAUCAUUUAUAUUCACUGAAUAUAGUAAAAUAAAUACAAUCAUACCCGGAAAAUCUUUGCUACUCGCUAAUGGUGACGAGCCGGAGACCAAGAAAAUCACGAAUGAAUGAGGCUCCCCCCAUUCCGAACUAUCUGCUCCUCAACAACUCGCACCUGUAUCCUCGAAGCCCACCUGACACCGGCGAUAAAGCCGGCGUCGCCGCCGCCGGAAAGUUUCAAACUUUACAUCUCCCUCCUCAACCGUUGCGCACAGGAGAAAUCCCUAUGCCAAACAAGACGAGUCCACCUUCAUAUGAAGCAGUCUGGCUUCCCCCAUCUCAGCCUUGGCAACAAGCUAAUCGCAUCGUAUCUCAGCUCCCAAAGCGUCGACGAUGCACGCAAGGUGUUCGACGAUAUGCCGCAAAGGCAUGUAGUCACGUGGAGCUCCAUGAUAUCUUCCUACAUCCUCCAAGGAAGAAAUAAAGAAGCUGUUGAUCUCUACAAAAAUAUGCUCAUCGAAAGUGUCCUGCCGGACGAGUUCACCUUCUCCAGUAUCUUCAAAGCUUUCUCGCAUCUGAAACUCGUUAAUGGCGGCCGGGCAGCUCAUGGGCAGUUUGCGGUUCUCGGUUUAGGAGCCGGAAAUGUCUAUGUAAGCAGCGCUUUGGUGGAUUUUUAUGCCAAAUUUGGCAGAUUGAGAGAAGCACGCAUCGUGUAUGAUUCAGUGAAGGCUAAAGAUGUCGUCUUGACAACAGCUUUGAUUGUGGCUUACACGCAGAGCGGAGAAGAUGGACACGCCAUUCAAGUAUUUAGAGAAAUGAUGACCUUUUCCAUUAAAGCUAACGACUUUACCUUUGCUAGCGUUCUCAUAGCAUGUGGAAAUAUGGAGGAUUUGAGCUCUGGAAGACUGAUUCAUGGCGCCAUUCUUAAAUCUGGAUUCGAUUGUAGGAUUGCUGCGCAAACCUCUCUUCUCACCAUGUAUUCCAAGUGCGGCCUUGUCGAAUCCUCUUUGGAGAUUUUUAAUGGCAUUGCCAAUCCAAACACUGUAACAUGGACUGCUAUUAUUACUUCUCUGUUGCACAGCCAUAGAGAAGAAGAAGCUUUUUCAAUGUUCAGUCGCAUGAUUCUCAGUUCCGCAACACCGAACGCUUUCACUUUAUCAAUUACUCUCACUGUCUGCUCAUCCCUCGCAUUAUUCCAACAAGGAAAGCUGGUCCAUGGCUAUGCUCUGAAGACCGGCCUGGACACAAACAGAUUUGUGGUUUCUGCUCUUGUUGACACUUAUGGAAAGUGUGGCCAUGAUGGAAUGGCAAGAAUGGUUUUUGAUAGUUUAUCUUCUCCUGAUUUGGUCUCUCUGAACUCCCUCAUUCAUGGCUCACUCUUUCAUACAGCGAAAUCUUCAGGAGUCGAACCAAAUGAUGCUACAUAUGUUAAUCUACUCAAUGCUUGCAGCAACUCGGGAAUGAUCGAAGAAGGGCGUCGAGUCUUCUCGUCGAUCCCUAUACCUUCUAAUGUUCACUAUGCCUGCAUGGUUGACUUGCUCGGCCGCUCGGGGAGGUUGGAGGAGGCCGUAGAAUUGUUAGCAAAGGUGAAGAAACCAGACAAAGUGUUGUGGAGGACAUUGCUCGGUGCUUGCAGGAUCCAUGGAAGGCUCGAAAUGGCGAAUUGGGCGGCGAGAAAGGUGCUUGAACUUGAUCCUGGAGAUGAGGGAACGUAUAUUUUGUUAUCUAACAUUUAUGCCUCGUUGGGUAAAUGGAAGGAGGUUAUCAAAAUCAAAUGUGUGAUGAGAGAAAUGGGAUUUAAAAAAGAGCCUGCAGUGAGUUGGAUUCGUGCCGAUAAGGAGGUUCAUAGAUUCAUGGCUGGAGAUCAGUCCCACCCGAAACGAGAACUGAUCUACGAGGAGUUAGAGGAGCUGAUCGAGAAGACGAAGAGGUUGGGUUAUGUUCCAGAUAGGAGGUUUGUGCUGCAGGAAAUGGAGGAGGGGGAAACGGAGAGGUCUUUGUUUUACCACAGUGAGAAACUAGCCGUUGCCUUUGGGGUGCUGAGCAGCCGAGAGAAUGCAUAUGAUUCUAUCACCAUUUUUAAGAACCUUAGAGUUUGUGGUGAUUGUCACAAUUGGAUGAAAUUGGUGUCUAAGGUGAUAGGGAGGGAGAUUAUUGCAAGAGAUGCCAAAAGAUUUCAUAAUUACAGAGACGGAUUGUGCUCUUGUGGUGAUUAUUGGUGAUGUUUUUUUGAAUGGAUUGUGGAAGGAAGAGGAAACGUAAAAGCUGCAGUGCAGUGCACCUCCCUUGAGUCUUUGACAUCAUUGUAACGGCUAUAUUUUGUUUGGAUUAUUACUAUAAGAAGAUUUUGAGAAAUGUUAGUUUUUUAAGGUAUAUCAUGUCAUUAGGCGCCACAAAUGAUGGGCAUUUGCAUACAUACCCACACAAUUAACACUAUUAGUAAAUUUUCUUAA